AUGUAUCGAAUGCUGAAGAUUGAGAAAGAGAAGCCUCCUGAGAAUCAGAGACGAGCAGCUCCGAACCCCCGGUGGGAUUCUGUGGAGUUGGACACAGAGAGCUUGGCCCAGGAGAGAGCCUACCAACAGCAGCUACAAAUGCGUAUUGGCCACCAUGAUCCAAACAAAUACAUACUCCCACAAAAGGAAAAUACUAACAUGUUACAGCAGGGAGAUGGGGAGGAUGACGAUGUAAGUGAUGAUGAAAGUAAGGAUCGUUUGGUUUAUGAUAGCCUGGAAGUAGCAGCACAUUCCCGUAUCAAGAAGAAUCCCACUUUUUUACAGACUGAAUACCUGGAUACACAAAGAGAUGAAAGAGAGGAGAUAAGCCAGCUGCUUUCUGAUGAUGGCUAUUCAGACCUGCGCUACGACCCCAACUGGAGGACCAACCUGAUAGGAGCUGACUGCUUCAACGACAGUCCGCAGAGCUCCUUUGAUGAGUAUUACCAAAUCCCUAAAGAGAAAUCAAGCCGGUUAGGUGGAGACAGACAGGAAGUGGUCAUAAAAAGAGGAUACAGAUACAUCUGCAACACGAGUCCAGCUGUUGUGGCGACCCCUCAUAUGACUGGUAAUGAGUGUGACCAGCCGUACCGCCUACACCCACAAGAUGGUCAGAAUAGCUUCAUACAAUCUCCCCACCGUCACAAGCACGCUGUACAGCUGAGAUCACCAGAAGUUGACCUUUCAAGGCCGACCAACAUUUCUACAAAAAAUGACAGAGGGGGAUUUGAAGGGAAGCAUCAGAACAGUUGUGACAAAGCUGGAGUAGAUAUUAGCAGAUCUCCUGAGCUGACAGAGAACUCAGAGGAUAUAAAUGCUGUGUACAUCCAAGAAUUUCAAAGCGACUACCACCAUGAACUGAGACGCACACAAGGAGAAUCCAUUCAAACACAGCAAACGAGCUCAUCCACACUGAAGAGUUCAAAGGUUUUAUCAAAUAAAAAACAAGAAAGACUGAACGAAGACAUAGUGGAACGCAACAAAAUCACCCUGGGGCGCCACGCAUCCAAAUAUGGCUCCUAUGCGAGGGUGCACGCAGUUAAGCAGGAGAUGCCUCAGAAUUUGAAUAAGGUGCAUGAAACUCGUAAGGAGGCGACCACUGCAGAGAGUCAAGAGGACAGUUCAGACCCAGAGCAGAGGUGGCUCAAGAAAACACGGCAGUUGAGGGUCACCAAGAUCAGCAAAGGGAAGAAAGCCCAGCGGAAGGAAACCUCCAGCCCCUCACGGCAGCAGCAACCCCCUGCCCCGGGGGUCGAAGCUGAGUGGGGAGACUGUCUGAGCUCCCCAUUAGCAAGUCCAGCCGCUGUAACACAGCCAAAACCUCAGAAGACGACCUCAUCACAGCCUUUGCCUCCAACCAUUCAGUUCAACAUCAACCUGAACACUGUUCCCUUCCUCCAGCAGAACAGUGAUGAUGCCAUCAUGAAUUUAGCAUCUCUUCAUGAAUCUCAAUUUCACACAACUGCAUUAAAGUGGCCAUUAUACUGUGAAGAGGAGGACCAGAAGUGGAGCCCAGAUAAGCCAUUUCGACAAAACCUCUCCAGGACUCCCACCAGCACCUGGUCACAGGGCUCAGGCUCUUACACAGUGCUGCCCCCUAUAGGAAAGCAAGUGAUGGUUAAAGAGCCUGAGCUGUGCCCUCCUCAGAGUGUGAACACAACCUAUCCUAUCUAUACACACAGCUCUGGUGGCUACCUGGUGCAGAUGGAGAAACAGAAGCAGCUGAGGGAGAGAGUCACAUACAAGGCAUAUAGUCUGAAAGACUACAAGCAGUUGAAGCCAGUAGUGACUUUGCAAGGCCUGGGUCCUGACUACACAGCCACUGAAAAAACAGUAAGUAAAAUGAAACAACAGAAGCUGUAUUCAAAUGUGAUCCGCGAGCAGAACAAAAAGAUAAGUAGGAUUCCCUUUCUACUGGCCAAGGACCCGGAAGGCAAUGGCAAGAAAGUUCCCAGGAUGAAGGCCUUGGAGUAUGCUAAGACCAUAUCCAGACCCCCUGUACAGUCUCAACCCAAGCUGAGACAGAAACACCAGUCUGAGGGCUUCACUGAGCACACUCCUCACAUGGAGGGCCUGGACGUGUCCCAGCUUGCCACGCUGGAGCUCCUUAGAAAAAGGCACGAAGAAGAAAAGCAGGCUGUUGCGCUCUUCAGAAAAGUGCAUGCUGUAUGA